AACACUCGUUUCUUAAACUUGAGUUGUUCUCAAUUGUAUAUCACCACUUACUAACUAUUCAGUUUGUUUUGCCAUAGGGAGGCAGCUAGAGAAUGACGUUUAUAGUUUCUCUUGCUCACUUUUGUGAAGUACACGGCCCAUCCAUGAUAAUGUGCACGCAAGCAGUGGAAAAGCCGGAAGAACUAGAAAACUUUUACUCACCACAACUUUCUGAAUCUCAAUUUUGCCAGUCCUGCAUGCUUAAGAUACCCUAUGCCGAAGAAUUUGCAGAGAACCUACAUUUUAUAUCUACCCAGUUUCCCACUUACACUGAGCGAUAUUCGUCUCUGAGGCAAACAAUUGUUCGUGUCUUCACUGCUGAAACGAAUGCUGAUUUAAGCAAACCUAUAAUGUUUGGAAACUCUAAACACGGCUACUCGAUUGCGCUUUCUUUUUCGUUGCUUGAUAAGACAGCGAGAGGAUCGGAGCGUAAGUACUCUAUAAUAGUUACGUCCAACUGGGAAGAAGACCUUAUCAAUAACUACACAUUCAUUCUUACAAACCUGAACCAAGUUGUCGGAAAUAUACUCAGAAGUGCCAGAAUGGUCCAGAAACAGCUCAACCUUUCGGCAGACGAUUUGCAUAAUAAUGGUACAUACCUGAGGAGAUCUGCCGGCCUACCAAAAGCUAAAAGUAUGGUAGAGAUAUUGAAGGAUGAAAACUUCUUUUUGAAAAUCCAUAUGUGGGCAGCUUUCAUGUUGGAUACACUGAUAAAACAAAAGGAACCAAAUGACACUUGA